CAAAGUGCAAGUAUGUUUCUAAAACGGCAUAAAAAAGUUUCGUAGGUGGUAAUUUUCUURUUCUUCGAAAUGGCGGUGUCUAACGGACACGGAAAGGACAAAUCAACCAAUAUUAUUGCUGUAGAUGUUGGCAGUACCUUGAUAUCGUGCCAUCUUUUUGAUAAAUCUGGUCUUUCAAAGUACAYCACUUCGAGAAAGAUUGAAGUGCUACAUCCUCAGCCUUCAUGGGUAGAAAUAGAACCUUAUCAGUUAUGGGAACAGUUUCAAGACAUCAUCUGGGAGACAAUGGCAGCUGAGCAAAUUACUCCUGAAGAAGUUACAUGUAUUGGAAUAUCAACACAGAGAGGGACUUUUGUAACUUGGGAUAGAAAAACUGGGAAGCCACAGCAUAAUUUUAUCUGUUGGCAAGAUCUCCGCUCAAGAGAUCACACAGAGACAUGGAACAGAUCAUUAGCACUGAAGACUCUUCAAACAAGUUCCAAGUUUUUGCAUAUGMUAUCUCGGCGUAAAAAGUUUCUUGCAGGAAGUGUCAUAAAUUUUACCACUGGGCAGGCAUCAAUGAGGCUUAGUUAUAUGCUGAAAAAGCAUGAUCUUCAGAAAAAGGCRGAAAAUGGAUCCCUUUUAUUUGGAACAGUUGAUAGUUGGUUGCUAUGGAAAUUAACAAGACAUAAACAACACAUAACUGAUUAUUCUAAUGCCAGCUCAACAGGAAUGUUUGACCCUUUUGUGUUGGAGUGGAGCUCACUUUUGACAUCACUACUAAAUAUACCCAUGMCAGUACUACCAAAAGUUGUUGAUACUUGUGGCAAUAUAUGUGAUACAGCUAAAGAUAUCUUUGGAGCACCAAUUCCUAUCAGGGCAAUAGUAGCUGAUCAACAGGGAGCAAUGUUUGGUCAAUGUUGCUUUGAUGUGGGUGAUGUUAAAUGUACAUUUGGUACAGGAACAUUUAUUGAUGUAAACACUGGGAAAUUUCCUCAUGCUUCUGUGGCAGGUCUUUAUCCACUUGUGGGAUGGAAAAUAGGUCCAGAAGUAGUCUAUAUUUCAGAAGGACAAUCAUCUGGAACAGCAACAGCAAUUGAAUGGGCACAUCAAAUGGGAUUUUUUAAUGAUGUAAGGGAAACAAGUGAGAUGGCAUUUUCUGUGGAAAAUUCUGAUGGAGUAUAUUUUGUACCAUCUUUUAAUGGCCUGCAGGCACCUGUAAAUGACGACAAAGCCUGUGUAUCUCUAAUGGGAAUCAAGUCAACAACCAAAAAGGCUCAUAUUGUGAGAGCAAUACUUGAAUCCAUAGCAUUUAGAUUUGCAGAACUUUAUGACAUAGUUUUGGAGGAAACUCAAGUUCCUGUUAUUUCAUCAAUCAAAGCUGAUGGUGGUGUAUGUAAUAAUGAUUUUGUCAUGGAACUAACAAGCAGUCUAACACGUCAAAGCAUGGACAAACCUUCACAAACUGACAUGUCAGCACUUGGAGCUGGUUUCCUAGCAGGGAUGGCUUCAGGUGUCUGGAAAUCUCGUGAUGAGUUAAAAGCCAUACGAUGUACACGUGCUCUUUUCCAACCUAAGUCAUCCAUAUCCGAAAAAUACAAAAAAACGUUCAAGGAAUGGAAAGAGGCUGUCAACAGAAGUAGAAAUUGGUAUCCAUAAGCAAGCAAURUUCCUCACACUGUCAGCACAAAGGAUCUGGGCACAAAACUAGAAGUGUUUUACAACACAGACCAAUCUUGUUUAUACAGGGUCUGAUAAAAGAAUGUAAAGGASUGGGAUUUAAUUCAAAGGAAGCGUCUCAGAGAAUUUCCGAAAUUCCCUUGAAAAAKCAAAACAAAGUCGGAGGUCGUCCUCAUGAAACCUCUGCUCACGCCCGCCCCUCCACAGUAUUGCCUYGGGGAUGAGGAUUUGAAGUUAGAAACUUGUUCGUAGAGGCUAGCAAGGAAUAGGCAGUCCCUUUAGCUAUUUCCCCACUACACAAAAUACUAAAUUCAGGAAGUACGAGCUACAUGCUCAGUUUCUCAAAAUAGGUAGUGAUWUAAUCAAAAAAAUCGAUCAGUUACGGAUAGAAAUGGAUUGAUUGUCACGCCCACCUAAAUUUGUCUAGUUUCCUAUGGGAAUGAAUUUUUAGUUUCUGAUGACCAACCAUAUUUUUUUAGUUAAGGACACCCACCCUUAAGUUAUAAAAGUUGUCAUAGAGGACUGGUAAGUGUGGCGGCGCGUGGUUAAGUGUGCUCUGGCCUUUAGGGUCGCCAGAUGAUGGUAAUGAUAUAUUUCUGACAAAAAGGCAAUUGUGAAAAAGCAUUCAUCGUUUUAGAAACUUAGUAAUGAAAAGUCGCGAAGAACAUAUUACUGGUUGAGUAUAUACUAUAACCUUCAGUAUACAACAUGUUAUAUAUUUAUUGGAUCAUUCUGUUUGAUACAGCUGUAUGUAGUAAAAUAUAAAUAUAGACGUUUUUGUAAACUUU